AUGGAGAGGCUUCAGCGAAUGUUCGCAGGUGCAGGCGGAGCGCUAGGGCAUCCUCCCCCAGAUUCCCCAACUCUGGAUUCCUCCGAGCAGGUCUACAUCUCCUCACUUGCGCUCCUCAAGAUGCUUAAGCACGGGAGGGCCGGGGUUCCCAUGGAGGUGAUGGGUUUGAUGCUAGGAGAGUUCGUGGACGAGUACACUGUUCGUGUGGUUGAUGUCUUCGCAAUGCCGCAGAGUGGCACUGGUGUUAGUGUUGAAGCCGUUGAUCAUGUUUUUCAGACGAAUAUGCUUGAUAUGCUCAAACAAACUGGACGACCAGAGAUGGUUGUCGGCUGGUACCAUUCGCAUCCUGGAUUUGGCUGUUGGCUCUCUGGUGUUGACAUCAAUACACAGCAGAGUUUUGAGGCUUUGAAUCAGCGAGCAGUGGCUGUGGUUGUAGAUCCAAUACAAAGUGUUAAAGGCAAAGUGGUGAUUGAUGCUUUUCGAUUGAUCAAUCCACAGACUAUGAUGCUUGGUCAAGAGCCAAGACAGACAACAUCCAAUCUGGGACAUCUGAAUAAACCAUCCAUUCAAGCACUGAUCCAUGGUUUGAACCGGCAUUACUACUCCAUAGCCAUUAACUACAGGAAAAAUGAACUUGAGGAGAAGAUGUUACUUAAUCUACACAAGAAGAAAUGGACUGAUGGUUUGACACUUCACCAUUUUGAUACACAUUCCAAAACUAAUGAACAGACUGUACAGGAAAUGCUGAGCUUAGCUAUCAAAUAUAACAAGGCAGUUCAAGAGGAAGAUGAGCUGCCUCCAGAAAAACUUGCAAUAGCUAAUGUGGGAAGACAAGAUGCAAAGAAGCACCUGGAAGAGCACGUUUCAAAUUUGAUGUCUUCCAACAUCGUUCAAACUCUCGGAAUGAUGCUUGAUACUGUUGUGUUCUAG